GAGGGUUCCGGCGGCCCGACCACAUCUAGGGCUUUCCUUUCCCGCGGCGCAGGGGCAUGUAGUGCACCCGGGACGCACACUCUCCCGCACGCUCACCGACACACACACACGCACGCACGCACCCGCCGGCGGCCCCGAAUUUCCAGCUUGAGAGGUCGGACAUGCUGAAGCCCGGAGACCCCGGCGGCUCGGCCUUCCUCAAAGUGGACCCAGCCUAUCUGCAGCACUGGCAGCAACUCUUCCCGCACGGCGGCAGCGGCGGCCCGCUCAAGGGCGGCGGCGCCGCGGGUCCCCUGGGCGCGCCGCAGCCUCUCCAGCCGCCGCCGCCGCCGCCGCCGCCGCCCCCGGAGCGCGCCGAGCCUCCUCCGGACCCCUUGCGCCCGCGGCCCGCCUCGCUCUCCUCCGCCUCCUCCACUCCGGCGUCCUCCUCCACCUCGGCCUCCUCUGUCUCCUCCUGCGCCGCCGCCGCCGCCGCGCUGGCGGGUCUGUCGGCCCUGCCCGUGGCGCAGCUGCCGGUGUUCGCGCCUCUGGCCGCCACCGCCGCCGCCGUCGCCGCCGAGCCGCUGCCCGCCAAGGACCUGUGCCUGGGCGCCGCCUCGGGCCCGGGGCCCGCCAAGUGCGGCGGCAGCGGCGGAGACGUGCGGGGCGGCCCGCGCUUCCGCUGCAGCGCGGAGGAGCUGGACUAUUACCUGUACGGCCAGCAGCGCAUGGAGAUCAUCCCGCUCAACCAGCACACCAGCGACCCCAACAACCGUUGCGACAUGUGCGCGGACAACCGCAACGGCGAGUGCCCCAUGCACGGGCCGCUGCACUCGCUGCGCCGGCUUGUGGGCACCAGCAGCGCCGCGGCCGCCGCGCCCCCGCCCGAGCUGCCCGAGUGGCUCCGGGACCUGCCGCGGGAGGUGUGCUUGUGCACCAGCACCGUGCCCGGCCUGGCCUACGGCAUCUGUGCGGCACAGAGGAUCCAGCAGGGCACCUGGAUCGGGCCCUUCCAGGGCGUCCUCCUGCCCCCGGAGAAGGUGCAGGCCGGUGCCGUGAGGAACACGCAGCAUCUCUGGGAGAUAUAUGACCAAGAUGGGACACUACAGCACUUUAUUGAUGGUGGGGAACCUAGUAAGUCGAGCUGGAUGAGGUAUAUCCGAUGUGCAAGGCACUGUGGAGAACAGAAUCUAACAGUAGUUCAGUACAGGUCGAAUAUAUUCUACCGAGCCUGUAUAGAUAUCCCCAGGGGUACCGAGCUUCUGGUGUGGUACAAUGACAGCUAUACGUCUUUCUUUGGGAUCCCCUUACAAUGCAUUGCCCAGGAUGAAAACUUAAAUGUCCCGUCAACGGUCAUGGAAGCCAUGUGCAGACAGGACGCCCUGCAGCCUUUCAGCAAGAGCAGCAAACUGUCCCCAGCAGCCCAGCAGCGCUCUGUGGUUUUCCCGCAGACCCCCUGCAGCAGGAACUUCUCUCUCCUGGAUAAGUCUGGGCCCAUGGAAUCGGGAUUUAACCAGAUCAACGUGAAAAACCAGCGAGUCCUUGCGAGCCCGACUUCCACGAGCCAGCUCCACUCGGAGUUCAGUGACUGGCAUCUCUGGAAAUGCGGGCAGUGCUUUAAGACUUUCACACAGCGGAUCCUCUUACAGAUGCACGUGUGCACCCAGAACCCCGACAGACCUUAUCAGUGCGGUCACUGCUCCCAGUCGUUUUCACAACCAUCUGAGCUGCGGAACCACGUGGUUACUCACUCCAGUGAUCGGCCUUUCAAGUGUGGCUACUGUGGUCGCGCCUUCGCCGGGGCCACCACCCUCAACAACCACAUCCGAACCCACACUGGAGAAAAACCCUUCAAGUGCGAGAGGUGUGAGAGGAGCUUCACGCAGGCCACGCAGCUGAGCCGGCACCAGCGGAUGCCCAAUGAGUGCAAGCCAAUAACCGAGAGCCCAGAAUCAAUUGAAGUGGAUUAACUGAUUGACUGGUUGGAAUUAAACUGCAAGGAAAGUCAUGAUUAAAUGUCAUGGACACUUAAGCAAAACCAAAGAUUUCCUCUGAGUAACUUUCAAUCAGUCCCAGAAAACCAAAAGCAGUAAUAAAAUAAGUAAGAUGUUCAGAGAUAUUGAUCCUGGCGUGGAAGUCAGACCAGGAAAGAGAUUAUUUAUUUAUGACUAGGGAUGAGACUUGUUUCGGUGGACAGUGAACCCGGGACGGCGCCCCAUUUCCCGUCCCACUGCGUAUUUGCUUUGUUUCUAAAAAGCUUUUUUAAACUGUUAUUUAAUACCAAAGGGAGGAAUCCUGUGGGUUCUACGGCCCACACUUGUGACUAAGAACUCACAGGGACUUCUUUCUCGUUGCACCUUUUUUUAGUAGCAUGAUUCAAGGAUACCCAUUGUACAGACCACCCCCACCUCCACCCCACUCCCUGCCACUUGGGUGCGUGUGGCCUGUCACGGCUGCCCCACCAGGACCACAGGACCAGAAGCCAGAGCCUCCGGCCGGGUCAACAUCCCUCGAGGACCCUGAGGGGGGUCUGUUUCUGUGUUUUCCUAUGCACUUUCUACGUCACUUCUUCCAUCCACCACCCUGGUCUUGAUGCAGAAGAGCCUGGAAGAGGCAGGAAACGAGGUUCAGUUUCAAAAUUCAAGGAAGAGAAGUGGGGGACCUCACUUUGGCCUCUCAACAUCUCAAAAACAUUGAAAAUGUACAGAGCUUCAUAAUGCAGUAUAUUGUUCCAAAGUGGCUAGUUGAGAAGAUUUUGUUUUCAGUAACAUUUUAGCUUAAAAAAAAAAACAAAAACAAAAAAUAAAGUUCUUCGGUAUGAAGGUGACAUAGAAGGUAUGAGGCUUCAAGGAAUUUUUUCGUUGUGUCCCUGGAGGUGUUGAAUAUGCGAGCAGAAAGGGUGCCCUGCCCCACUGUCAGUGCCCUGGUUCUGGCCCUUUGCUCUUCUGUCCUCCUGUAGGUGAAGCCCAGGACACCCCUUUGCCUUCCCCUGAGUGUCAGGGGAGCAUUUCUGCAGGAAUAAGUGACAGUAGCCCAGACCAGGAAACAGUGUGAGAGGAGGAGCCCCGGAGGGGGCUAUAAUAGAACAGACUGAGCAAGAAAUCACUCCCUUGUAUCAAUUGGACUUACUUUUUCCUGUCCUCUGGCCCUUGACAGGGCUCUUCUUUCAUCACCAAUCUACUGAAAGAGGAAGGAUGGAGUCCCUAAUUUCAGUGUUCUUUGAUUGAGUGCAAGGAGAGCGGGUGAACGUCAGCUAGCCUGCUAGCAGUUCAACAGCGGUGCCUGGUCAUGUCCCAUAAAAUGAUCCGUGACCCAGGAGGAACUGGUGGCUUCUGUGCUCUUGUCCAUUAGCUGCCAGCAUCAUGGCAGGGACCCGGUCUACCUUGUAGAUGUCUUGAUCACCUGAUAGCGUAACACAGUUCCUUUAAAGGAACUCCUAGUCUUUCAGCCCUCCCAUGGUCUUCCCUUAACACAUAGACAAGACACAGGACUGGCUACUGGAAGCAGGGGUACUUGGUGGUUCACUUGAGUUGGUCCUCAUGGCUUUGGCUCUCAGAAAAAUUCUUCCUUCCCUUUAUAAUUUUGCUUUCCUGUCCCUGAGCUCCCACCUGCUACAUUUCAGGUGAGGUAAAACGGGGCCUCAUUGAUUGUGUUUGUAAUUCAUUUAUAUAUAUACUGUUAAAAAAAAAAAACUGAAUCAAGUAAA